AUGCCUCCAGGUUCCAUCAGCAACUUAGACUGGGAACCUGGCUACGAUACCGUGGCAGUGCACGGUGGCCAGGAGCCCGAUCCUGGUAACGGAUCAAGAGCAGUGCCGAUAUUCCAAACGGCGAGCUAUGUAUUCGAUGACGCUGAAGAUGGUGCCGCGAAAUGUUCAUGGAGUAAAGAUGGUUAUCUUUACACCCGUCUAGGUAAUCCAACGAACAGCGUCUUCGAAAAACGAAUGGCCAUGCUAGAGGGAGGCGUUGGCGCAGUAGCUACUGCGUCCGGACAUUCAGCACAGUUCAUGGCCCUGACGCAAUGCUGCAAGCCGGGUGAUAACAUUGUGAGCACAAGCUGGCUAUACGGGGGUACAUUCAACCAAUUUCGGGUCUAUUUCCCGAGCUUCAACAUCCAGGUCAAGUGGGUUCAGGGCAACGACCCUGUCGACUUCGACAAGACCAUUGACGAGAAUACGCGUGCUGUCUAUAUCGAGACCGUCAGCAACCCCAAACAAUGCGUGCCUAAUAUCCCAGCCAUCGCAGCUGUCGCCCACAAGCAUGGCAUUCCUCUCGUCAUCGAUAACACGUUUGGCAUGGCAGGGUAUCUAUGCCAGCCCAUCAAGCUUGGAGCCGACAUAGUGACGCAUUCGUGCACGAAAUGGAUCGGUGGGCACAACACCAGCAUGGGUGGUGUGGUGAUCGAUGGGGGGCGCUUCGAGUGGGGUUCCGCUCUCUCAGCGGCCAAAUUCCCUGGACUGACGGAGCCGGCUCCUGGGUACCAUGGCCUGCGAUUCUGGGAGACAUACGGACCGCGAGCGCUAUCAGCCAAGCUUCGAAUGGACUGCAUGCGUGACCUGGGCCCCUGUAUGAGCCCGUUCAAUGCGUGGCUGUUCCUACAGGGCCUCGAGACGCUACCAUUACGCGCCCAGCGUACCGUCGAGAAUACCCAGCGGUUGGCAGAGUGGCUAGAAGCGAAUCCGUAUAUCAACUGGGUGCUUUACCCUGGGUUGCGGUCUCACCCGGAUUACGAAAGGGCACAGAAGUUGUUACCUAGAGGAGCAGGCGGGGUCCUUACAUUCGGCGUGGCUGGCAAGGUGGACGAGGUCCGCGCUGUCGUCGAUAACCUCAAGAUGUGCAGCCACGUCGCGAACGUGGGCGAUUGUAAGACCCUCAUUAUUCACCCAUGGGUCACAACGCACCAGCAGCUGCCCGACGAUGACAAGAUCAAAGGCGGUGUUACGCCCGAUCUCUUGCGUGUCAGUGUGGGAAUUGAAGACUUCGUGGACAUCAAGCGUGACUUUGAACAGGCCUUCGCAGCAGCGGGACUCAAGCCGGCGGAGAAGAAGGGCGGGGACCCUUUCACAAUGGCCAUGGACUUGGUGAACGCGGGGUUUAUGGGCAAGGAAGCUACCGGUGCUCCCCGAACGCAACAGCCCGGGGAUUAA